UGUUUGUUCUUGGCCUCUUGUGUGACUAUCGUUGUCUGAGUUGAAGGUUGGGGUUCCUUGUGACUUUCGGCAACCUCUUAGUGUUUCUUGUGCAUUAUUGGCGCUGUCUGUGUCAAUUUUUAGCCUCUGUUUCGAAAAAAAAAAAUUUCGUCUGUAGCGGUGAUUAUCGGCACUCUGUUUCAGCGAGUGUAUUGAGUGUAUUGUGGAUUUAUGAGGUUGUCGGCAUAUUAUGUGAGUGAUUUUUGGGCUGCGAUACGUUGUAUUGCAUGUGGGUGAUAACUUCUCAGACUAUCGGCGUUAUCUGCAGCAGUUUGGUGCUUCUUGGUGAGGUUUGUUGCAUCAAGGGUUUCUUGUCUAUCAUGUCUUCUGAAAUUAGAGAUUCUCUUCUGGUUCGAUUCAAUGGCAAGAAUUAUGCUGCGUGGUCUUUUCAGUUUCAACUUUUGGUGAAAGGAAAGGAACUUUGGGGUCAUAUUGAUGGGAGUAGUGUGGCACCAUAAGACAAAGUUCAGCUGGCUUCUUGGGAAAGCAAGGAUGCCCGAGUCAUGUCUUGGAUUUUUGGAUCUGUUGAUCCCCAUAUUAUCUUGAAUUUACGCUCAUUCAAGAAUGCUCGUGAUAUGUGGAAUCAUCUCAAGCGGCUGUAUACUCAGAAUAAUGCAGCGAGGAGAUUUCAACUCGAACUAGAGAUGUCGAAUUUCUCUCAAGGAGCUCUCUCUGUGGAGGAGUUUUAUUCUGGUUUUUGCAACUUGUGGGCUGAGUAUACAGAUAUUUUAUACACUUCAAUUCCAACAACAAGUUUGGGCCGAUAUUCAAGCUGUUCAUGAAGCAAGUAUGCGGGCACAGUUUCUUAUGAAACUAAGGCCGGAAUUUGAAUUUAUUCGUGCUAAUCUGAUGAACCGAGAUCCUGUACCUCCACUUGAUAUGUGUUUGGGAGAGAUAUUUCGAGAGGAGCAAAGAUUAAUGACUCAAACAGCCAUGGAACAAGCUACUUCAGCUCCUGUGGCAUAUGCAGCUCAAGGAAAAACCAAAGGGAGGGAUUUGAGCACUACUCAAUGCUAUAGUUGCAAAGGUUAUGGGCAUCUUGAUGCAAAUUAUUCUAAGAAAACUUGCAACUAUUGCAAGAAGCAAGGACAUAUUAUCAAGGAUUGCCCAAUACGUCCUCCACGUCGCCAAGCAACUGCCUAUUCAGCUGCUGCUGAGGCUACUAGUGCUGCCAGUUCUACCUUGGCCACUUCUUCUCAUGUUCCAGCUUCCACUUCUCAAAAUUCCACUCCUAUUACACCAGAAAUGGUCCAACAAAUGAUAAUCUCAGCUCUUUCAGCUUUUGGUAUUUCAGGAUCAGGUGACCGGGAAGAUGAUCGCGAGGGGUCCUAAAAAGGGUCGGCUGUUUCCUUUAUGUUUAGAUUCCAAAUCUGUUGAGUCAAAGUCUUUAUCUUCGUUUCUUGUAAUGUUGGUACUUUGAGUGUGAAGGAUUGGCAUAGGCGGUUGGGCCAUCCCAAUUCUCACAUACUUCAUAAGUUGUCAUCUUCUGGUUUAAUUGGCAAUAAAGAUCUCUAUUCUCUUGCUCAAUUAAAUUUUGAUUGUGAUACAUGCAAGUUAGCUACAAGUAAAGUUUUGCAUUUUCCUUCAAAAGGAUCUCAUGCCACUCGUGCCUUUGAUGUUAUUCAUAGUGAUGUGUGGGGUAUUGCCCCGAUAGAAUCUCAUGAUCGUUAUAAAUAUUUUAUGACGUUUAUUGAUGAUUAUACUAGUUUUACAUGGAUUUACUUUCUUCGCACUAAGAAUGAAGUAUUUCCGGUAUUCAAGCGUUUCUUGGCUCAUCUCACUAAUCAAUUCUCUACCUCCAUUAAGGUUCUUCGCUCCGAUUUAGGAGGA